AUGGGAACCAGUGAGAACAGGGCCAGAACAGAGUUGGUGAUUCAGAUAAGCAUCCUACAGCUCUACCUGUGCAUCCUACAGCUUUACCUGUACAUCCUACAGCUCUACCUGUGCAUCCUACAGCUUUACCUGUGCAUCCUACAGCUUUACCUGUACAUCCUACAGCUCUACCUGUCCAUCCUACAGCUUUACCUGUACAUCCUACAGCUUUACCUGUACAUCCUACAGCUCUACCUGUGCAUCCUACAGCUCUACCUGUACAUCCUACAGCUCUACCUGUGCAUCCUACAGCUCUACCUGUGCAUCCUACAGCUUUACCUGUACAUCCUACAGCUCUACCUGUGCAUCCUACAGCUUUACCUGUACAUCCUACAGCUUUACCUGUACAUCCUACAGCUUUACCUGUGCAUCCUACAGCUCUACCUGUACAUCCUACAGCUCUACCUGAGCAUCCUACAGCUUUACCUGUGCAUCCUACAGCUCUACCUGUGCAUCCUACAGCUUUACCUGUACAUCCUACAGCUUUACCUGUGCAUCCUACAGCUUUACCUGUACAUCCUACAGCUCUACCUGUGCAUCCUACAGCUUUACCUGUACAUCCUACAGCUCUACCUGUACAUCCUACAGCUUUACCUGUGCAUCCUACAGCUUUACCUGUACAUCCUACAGCUCUACCUGUACAUCCUACAGCUUUACCUGUGCAUCCUACAGCUCUACCUGUGCAUCCUACAGCUCUACCUGUGCAUCCUACAGCUCUACCUGUACAUCCUACAGCUCUACCUCUCUAACCUGUGCAUCCUACAGCUCUACCUGUACAUCCUACAGCUUUACCUGUGCAUCCUACAGCUUUACCUGUACAUCCUACAGCUCUACCUGUACAUCCUACAGCUCUACCUGUGCAUCCUACAGCUUUACCUGUGCAUCCUACAGCUCUACCUGUGCAUCCUACAGCUCUACCUGUACAUCGUACAGCUUUACCUGUACAUCCUACAGCUCUACCUGUACAUCCUACAGCUCUACCUGUGCAUCCUACAGCUUUACCUGUGCAUCCUACAGCUUUACCUGUACAUCCUACAACUCUACCUGUGCAUCCUACAGCUCUACCUGUACAUCCUACAGCUCUACCUGUACAUCCUACAGCUCUACCUGUGCAUCCUACAGCUCUACCUGUGCAUCCUACAGCUUUACCUGUGCAUCCUACAGCUCUACCUGUACAUCCUACAGCUUUACCUGUGCAUCCUACAGCUUUACCUGUACAUCCUACAGCUCUACCUGUGCAUCCUACAGCUUUACCUGUACAUCCUACAGCUCUACCUGUACAUCCUACAGCUUUACCUGUGCAUCCUACAGCUCUACCUGUGCAUCCUACAGCUCUACCUGUACAUCCUACAGCUUUACCUGUGCAUCCUACAGCUUUACCUGUACAUCCUACAGCUCUACCUGUGCAUCCUACAGCUCUACCUGUGCAUCCUACAGUUUUACCUGUACAUCCUACAGCUCUACCUGUGCAUCCUACAGCUUUACCUGUGCAUCGUACAGCUCUACCUGUGCAUCCUACAGCUCUACCUGUACAUCCUACAGCUCUACCUGUACAUCCUACAGCUCUACCUGUGCAUCCUACAGCUUUACCUGUACAUCCUACAGCUUUACCUGUGCAUCCUACAGCUCUACCUGUGCAUCCUACAGCUUACCUGUGCAUCCUACAGCUCUACCUGUGCAUCCUACAGCUUCCUGUACAUCCUGCAGCUCUACCUGAACAGACUCCAGAUGUGGAGGGAGGAGGUUGAGGAGAUGGUGGUGGAGGUGGAUGUGGCAGUGAAAGAAGAGGAGGAGGUAGAAGAGGUGGUGGUGGAUGUGGAGGAGGUGAAGGUGGAGAGCUGGAUGUGA